GGAGCAUUGGACCAAUCCAACGGCUAUAAGCUUUGCUAUAGAGAGAUUGAGUGAUUUACUGAUGCAGAGGACCCAGAUUCUUCGUGCUUUCACAACCUAAAAGUCCAUCAUCGAGUUUGAGAGUGGUGCGUUCUUUCAGCGAGCGAGUACAAAAAAUGGCAUUCUUGUUGAACAAAACCACCAUUGCUUCCCAUUUUCGAUCUCAAUCCCAGAAAACUGGAGAUUUCACAUCCCUUCCGCGCCGUCAAUUCCACAUCGAACCAGGGACGCGUGAAAAAGCUCUUUUGGCUGAAGAUGCAGCUCUGAAGCCAUUCAAAUCAUAUAAGAAGAGUGUCAAGCAGCUCAGAAGAAUUGGGGAUGUUCUAACCAUUGUUGUUGUUGCAGGUUGCUGUUACGAAAUAUAUGUCAAGGCAGUUGUGAAAGAAUCUCAGAAACAGUAACAAUCUAAAAUGCAAGAAUGAAGUGAUUGCUGGGAUGCUGGUUUUCUUUUCAUUAUAUCUUUAUGGAAACAAUCUGGACAUUGUGAUUAGACUAUGUUAGAAUAAGCGGAAAAGCAUUUGAGUUUAGAUCACUUGUGCAUUUGCGGUUUUUUUACAGUUCAAGAUGUACGUUUUCUGAAAAUAAUGUUAAUUGGCAGAUUAUAAA